AUGUCCUUGCGCAGUGCACUGAUGUUUAAGAUGGCACUGAAUCAACAACAAGCGGGAAGUUUAACUGUCGAAAGCAGUGAAUUUCUAAAUACAAUAGAAAAUGUUACAAAUACCGGUAACGGCGCCCUGUUUGAAGAGAGUAAGCCAGGCCCGUCGAAAGAGCAUUCGCCUACAUUUUUUGAUAAUAUUAUUACACCCGACUUGUCGUCUGAAUUAAAUUCGGAUCAGGAGCAAGCGCUCGCUGAGAUGCUAGAGUUUGUUGAGGAUUCAGACUGUUCGCUCAAGGAUAAAGAUUAUGUUCCAGAGUCACCUGCCGCAGAACGUGAACCUGAUACUAGUUCUUUCGACAACGAAAAUAUUUUGGUAAUAACUGGUGACAAAGUAACAAACCGCUGGAAGAAGUCCCGGCCUGAAAACUGGAAAAAGAAUGUCGCUAAAAAAAGACGAUUUGAGAAUAAAGCACCAACGUUUAUGGACUCUACAAAAUGUAGAUUAAAUUGUAGUGCUAACAUUUCAGAAGAAAGAAGAGUGGUGUUAUGCCAAAACUUCUGGGCCUUAGAUUUUAACCGCCGAAAGGACUUCAUCCUGAGUAAUGUAGAUAGUCAUAGGCCAAUAAGAAUAAAAAGUAACCCAUCUGGUAAAAAAAGGCCGCGUACUGAUUCAAAAGAAUUUUAUUUCAAUUUAGAUGAUACAAAAUUACGAGUCUGUAAAGCUUUUUUUACAAAAACUCUUUGCAUUAGCAAAGAAGUAGUUGAGCAUGCGUUUUUGAAUAAGGGUGAAGGUAAAAUAUUUACAGGAUUCAAUAAAAGAGGUAGAGGACCGCCGAAAAACAAAACAAACAUUGAUGAUAUCGAAAGGGUAAAGCAACAUAUUGAAAGUUUUCCUGUAAUGGAAUCCCACUAUACAAGAAUUUCUACGAAACGAAAAUAUCUAGAUUGUAAAUUGAGUAUAAAUAAAAUGUACUCAAUGUAUAAAAAAUUAUGUGAACAUGAUGGUACUUCAGUUGUAUCUUCAAUCACUUACAGACGCAUUUUUUGUAAUAAUUACAACUAUUCUUUCUUUACCCCCACGAAAGAUCAAUGUCAGCUCUGCACACAAUACAAAACUAAUGAUGAAGAAACGAAAAAACAAUUACAGACGCAAUAUGAAGAACACGUAGCUCGAAAAGAGGAUUGCUACACAGCAAAAGCAAGAGACAAAGCUAGAGCUAUGAAAGAUUCCAAUUUUGUAUGUGCUACAUUUGACUUGCAAUGUGUGCUUCAAAUACCGAGUAGCGACACAAGGAAAACGUUCAUGACUGUGGUAUAUUGUACCAGUACACUCUGCCACAACAAUAUCACCAAUAAAGAUGCCAACAAUUCUAACAAUAUCGAUACCGAUGGAUUCAAAUCAUAG